UGUAGUGGAACUAUUCGAGUCAACUCGGAGACCUCCAAGUCUAACAGAUAAAAGAGGAGAGAAAGAGGAGGGGUAGGUGAGAGAAAGAGGAGGAGGGUUAGGUGUGAGUUGUGUUUUCGGAUCUCUAUCUGUAUGUCUGUCUUUCUCUUGUGAGUUGUGUUUACUCCAAGUUUGAAGCAGCGACCCGUCCUCCAUCCAGCACAGAUCACAUCACAGGUGCUAGAAAGGAGGUAUGGUAGUGAUGGUAUUUUUGUUGUGGUGGUAAUCAGUGGCGGAACAGGAAACACGAGUAGCAGGGGAAUCUUAUUUGACGUGGGGACGGUAAAUAAAUCAAGUCAGAGAAUUGAAAGCAUCAUCUCAAUGCCUAUCCCAGACAAGGAAAGCAGACCUCCAAGUAAAGAGCUAAGACGAACUCAAGCUCUAGAAUGGAUUGAGUCCACCACAAAGCCAGAUCGCCAGAUAUGCAAGCUGGACACAGCUUCUCCAAAAAUUGAUGACAAUGAACUCCGAGAGCUUUAUGAUUCACUUCCAAGAUUUGGCCCAUUUUACAUUACAGACGAGGAGUCCUUGAUGUCCAAGCUUAAGGAGGCGACGUGGCAACACAUAUUAACAUGUGCACAUGACUCAAAUCCCAAAGCCACAUACUCUACUUCAUUAAGAAAUAUAGAAACACAAGCUAGAGGUGCCUAUGUUGAUGGCAUAGUGGAUGAUGAAAGUAAAGUGACUAGAAGUCAAUUUAUACAAAUGAUGAUCAAGGAUGGUUGCUUUAUCCUGCAACUGGCAUUAUUUGCUCUUGGAGGUUCUGAACAACUGUGUUAUCCACCUGACCAUCUCGUUUUUGGCAAACAGCGGAACACUGAUCAGCAGAUCCGAAGAUGGAUCAAGUCUUUGUUCUUCGUUGGAAACCAAAUUCCCCUAGUGGUAUUGAGAGAACUGAUGAAUGGAAGCUUCUUCCAGCAAGUGGUAAUGAAAGGGAAAUGGGAACAACCACGGGACUUAUUCAAGAGGGUCUUGUAUGAUUUAUUGGAGUUGCCUGUGCUGGAGGAAUAAAGCCAACAAUGCCACCAUACACGUACAACUUUAUUGCAAGCACUUAAACGAAAAUUAAGACUUGAAAAAAAAUCUUUUUUGCUUCAGCAACAACCUACAGACCUUCUUCAUGGCCUUCAAAUGCUGGUAAUUGGACCAGGAGGUGACUCUCCAAGCUCAACCAAAUACAAAAAUGAUGAGACUGUCGUCCUUGACAUUGAGAGUUCUUCCUUCAGCUACAAAAUUCAUAGUGCUACAGAGCUGAGACAAAGAGGCAUCCAUUUCAAGCAUACCAAAGGAAUUGGAAGUGGAGGAAUAAAAUUCAUGACAAACAUGUUUCGUGCAGUGCUUACAUUGCCUACUUUCUUGGUUGAUGAUGAUACUGAGGUUUUGUUUCAAUAUCUCAAAAAUUAUGAGAUCUCUCAACUGCUGGGUAGCAACAAGGGUGAUGUGUGCUCCUACUUGCAGUUUAUGAGCGAGUUGAUUCGUACAUCUGAAGAUGUCAAACUCCUUGUCGACAGUGGGAUAAUUUCGCGAACAACUCCCGAACAAAGAGAGAGGUUGCCAGGAAUUCUAAAAAGGUUGGCCAGUGGGGAUACUAAUCCGAAUUUGCGCCUUGUAAGACUCAAGAUUGAUGAUUAUUCUCGCCCUCCAUGGGAUAAGAUAAGGAACUUCCUUAGUCUGGUAUUGCUACUCACUGUGGUGCAAACUAUUUAUACUGUUCUGGGUUAUUACAAGAAGCCUUAAUCAAUGUCUAUAUGAUUAAUUAAAAAAGCUCCAUGAAUUGGAUUUCAAACUAGAACAAAAAUGUGUUAAAUGCAAUGUCUUUUGAUUGUAUGAUCCAAUCUUAGCCAACCAAGUCCAUUAAUGAA